AAAUAAAACAAAAUCGCCCCUUUUCUGGUUUUCAUUUUAAGAAAGAAGAACCCAUUUGCCGCUCGAAUUCUCGUCGGGUGGUCGGGGUCUCUAAGUCGGUUGAUUUUACUUUCUUUGUCGACAGCGGAGCUAAGCAAAUGAGCUUUGGGUUUUGAAGUUUUAGAAACGAUUUGUAACGAGUAAUAAGGAAGAAGAAAAAUGGUUGAAGUUGGUGGUGAUGAGGGAACUAGACGGCGAUUGCCACUGUGGAUGCAAGGUAUAGCAAGCAAGCCCGCUAAUGACAGAGAUAAAAAUGAUAAGGUCCAAGAGGACAGAGAUGGACUUGUCUGUGGCAAUUCUAAGCCCAUAAAACAAUCUAAGAAAGCUGCCCUGCCUCAAGAAAAAGGUGAAACCCAGAGGAGGAAAAGGAAAAUUAUCCGACAAGAUGCAGCAUGUGAUGUUGAAUCUGCUUCGCCAAAGAAAAUGAGUAUUAGUCUUAAGGAAAAACAAGUUCUGGGUUCUUCUCUUCAGCGGAAAAGAAAAGCAUCAUGUGUUAGGUUGAGAAGUGGCAAGGAUAGUAAAAUCCCAUCUCCAGUUGAAGAUGACAAUGAACUGACUCCAGAAGAUUUGUUGAGCAUUGCUGAAGAGUAUGUCAAAGCUGAUAAGGACGUAGUGCUGGAAGAACUAUCAAUUAGGGAAUGUGAAUUUGGAAGGCAAUUAUCAACUACAGCCUCUUCCAAAACCGAGUCAGAAAGUUCUUUAAUUGCCCUUGAUGGUAACCGAAGAUCACCUGCUCUUAAAACAACUCAUGAUUCAACUCAAAGUCCAAAAAAUGAAAAAAAUUUGAUCAAUACCAGCAGAACAGAAGAUCCUGCUCAGGACAUGCUGGAUCUGUUUUUAGGUCCUUUAUUAAAGAAAACUGAGGAGAAGAGGACAGAAUUUGGUAUGAGAUAUCUGCCAUUUUCCAAUGAAUUAGGAAAAGGAAGUCAGAAUGAUGUUAAAGAAGAAACAGCCCCUUUGACAAAGAAGAAGUGCACACUCAGGGAUAAGAAACUGUGAUUUGAUUUAUGAUCAUAGGAAUAAUACAUGGACUACUGAGGGAGGUGAAGGGUUAUUAUGCAUUUUGGUUGAGCAAUAUCCUUUCAGUUGAGUUCAUUUAAAUCUAAGAAUAAUUUCAGUCGAAUAAUAUUUAUUAUGUUUUUGGCUUCUUUAGGUAACUCCAUGGAAGCUUUUGACUCACUUUUGGUUUGAUUUGGAAAUUUAGGUGACUUCUAGGCUUUUAUGAUACCAUUUUUAAGUUUAAUUGGUUCCUAUAGAUGUGCUUGGUUUGGUGGUGUCAACAGUAUGAUGAAUAUUCACACAAAACCAUGAUGAUAUCCUGUUAAUUGUUCGCAAUUGAUGUUAGGUAAUCUUAAGUAACAUUGUAAUGCAAUAUUUGAAGUUAGCUUAUGUAAGUGUCAGGUUCUUUGGUAACAUUCUUUUUGUACAAAGGAGAUUGCAGCCUAGGAUAGUGGAAGAGGUUGCAAGUGUUGGGAUUUGCGAUGUUUGAAGUUAGUUUAUGUAAGUGUUAGGUCAUCAAGUGUAUAACUAACCCUUAAGUAACUAGAAAAAAACACUUAUGAGUUAUGAUGAUAUCUACUAAAAUCGUGGAGCCAGCAGCAUUUUGGCCUCUGCUUUACAUGUGAUAGACAUAGCUAGCAUCCUUCAUCUGAUAUAUACUGGACUGGAUAAAUGAUUUUAUUCAAAUGCCUUAUUGUCUGGGAUGAGUGGAAGUGUAAAUAUCAAGCUUAAAAUCAUUUUUGGGGUAUACUAUUUGUUUGACUCUUACAAAGAAACAAGUGCUGAUAAAAUUUAAAUGAUGACGAUGUCAGUUUAUGCAUAAACAUUGAUUAGAUUGUUCCUUAAUUCAUGUUUGUACUGGAUUCUUUAAGGAUGUGAAAAUGCUUAAUGACAUUGUUGAAAAAAAUGUAUUGCGGCUAAAUAUAAAUGGACUAGUUCAAUGAGAGAAUGAUUGUUGCUACCCAAAGAUGCAUGAACAAGAAGAUAUAUAUGCUUUUUAAUGUUGCUUGUACGGUAGUUGUGUCUUUGGGGUAAAGAUGUGAUGAAUCCUUUAUGCCCAAGGUUAUGGUAUUCAUUGAAUGAUGAUGGACAAGAACUCUGCAGUUAAAGCAAAUUUGCUGUUGAGCAUUUAGCCAUUUAGCAAGGAAAGUGAGUCUUUCCAACUGUUUUAAGGAGCAGUAGCAAAGUGAGCUGAACUAAAUGCCAUAAUUGAUAUUGAAAAUUUUUAUGCAGAAGCAUGCGUUGUAAUGCACUGAUUCAACUCUUAGCCUGGUGCAUUGUAGGUUAGUUCUUUUGUGUUUGUGGUGAAGGUGGAUGUUUUAGUCCGAGGCUGAAAAUUACUGGAUGGUGAUUGAUUAGAACUCUGCAGUCAAAAUCACAUUUGCUCUUUCUUUUUUACAAAUUUUAUGCCCUCAGUCUCAUCACAUGAUCUUCUGUCUUGCAAAAUGAACACAUGCUUAGGCUUAAAAGCAAACUGCUGGAGAGCAGUAGGCCAUUUCGGCCGUGAAAUCAAAAUGACCCGGAAGCAUGCCGUGUGAUGCAAUUUAUCAUUCAACAAUUUCCCCCGUCCUUUGGUGCAGUGGAGUUAGCAUAACAAUGUGAAUGGACGUCCACAAGACAUUUUCUUGUUUUAAAAUCAUUGCAAACCUUGGUGGUAUUAGUGUGUGAAGUUGCUUUCUAUUCUUUGUCUAAUUGGAGUUAGGAUACUCUGAACUAGUUCCAUUCCCCACGUGCAUCUGUUUGAAGUCAGUCUUACGCAUGAUUUCUAGGAUCUAUUCAUCAUCAUUGGAUUGGUUUUAUUGAUCUUUUUAGUUUG